GACACUCUUGUCUUCAGUCAAUGUCGUCGUGAUGAGACUGAAACGGAUGCACAUACGGUACUAUCCUCCAGGAAUUUUCCUAGACUAUGAGAAGGGGGGACAGCUGAGGACGAAAUGCAUCGAUCUGUUAAACUUGACUUCGGAGACUGAUGUGGAAGAGUUGGUGUCAGAGAUUAGAGCAGCUGAGCCUCUCAUCACCUCCUCCUGUGUCGAGCAGGUGAAACUCCUGAUCUGCAAACUACAGGAGAAAGUCGGCCAAAAGGAUGAGCGCAAGUUCUAUCUUUUUAGGGCACUUCAGGCUCACAUCUUGCCCCUGACGAAUGUAGCCUUCAAUAAAUCAGGAUCUUGCUUUAUAACCGGAAGCUAUGACAGGACCUGUAAAAUAUGGGACACCGCAUCCGGAGAGGAGCUGCACACUUUGGAGGGUCACAGGAAUGUUGUGUAUGCCAUCGCCUUCAACAACCCUUACGGAGACAAGGUUGCCACAGGCUCCUUUGACAAGACCUGCAAAUUGUGGAGUGCGGAAACAGGAAAGUGUUUCUACACGUUUAGAGGGCACACGGCAGAAAUCGUAUGCCUGGCCUUUAACCCUCAAAGUACCCUGGUUGCUACAGGCAGCAUGGACACCACGGCUAAACUAUGGGAUGUUGAGAGUGGGGAAGAGGUGUCCACAUUGGCAGGUCACUUCGCUGAGAUCAUCUCUCUGUGCUUUAACACAACGGGUGAUCGCUUGGUCACGGGGUCAUUUGACCAUACUGCCAUUCUGUGGGAUGUUCCAUCUGGCAGGAAAGUUCAUGUUCUCGCGGGUCACCGUGGAGAGAUCAGCUGUGUGCAGUUCAACUGGGACUGUUCGCUCAUCGCCACGGCCUCUCUGGAUAAAUCCUGCAAGGUGUGGGAUGCAGACGGCGGUCAGUGUUUGGCUUCUCUCUUAGGUCAUAAUGAUGAGGUGUUGGAUGUAUGUUUUAACUACACCGGUCAGCUGAUUGCCACAGCCUCUGCUGAUGGUACAUCAAGAGUGUUCAGCACAGACACGUUUCAGUGUUUAUGUCAAUUAGAAGGCCAUAAAGGAGAGAUAUCAAAGGUGUGUUUCAAUGCACAGGGGAGCCGCGUGUUGACGGCGAGUGUGGAUAAAACGUCUCGCGUGUGGUGUGUGAAGACGGGACAGUGUUUGCAGGUGCUGGAGGGGCAUUCGGAUGAAAUCUUCUCCUGCGCUUUCAACUAUGAGGGAGACACCAUCAUUACAGGCAAUUACACACACCUGCAUAACACUCAUGCAUUCAUCCACUAA